UUUGCUGAAAUUUCUCAAGGACUAAAUUUCCAAUUUUGAACAUUGUUAUAUUAAAACAACUAUGUUAUGACACAUCAGCCAUCUUUAUAAAAAAAAAAAAAAAAAUAAUUGCCUUCUAAUGCGUUAUGACACAUCAGCCAUCUUGAGAAAAAAAAAUAAUUGCCUUCUAGUGAUAUCUCUAAAACAAUUUCAAGUUAAAAAUAAUUUUUAAAAUGAAUAAUGCCUAAAUUGCGCUAAAAUGUCACGUCACUCCAGUCACUUAUCUACAAGAGUCGCUUUGUUUUAAAAGCAACGUAAUGUUUGAUGUAUUACCAGAUGUUUCCUACACGCAACGGACAGUUUUGAAACGAAGAACAGGGAACAAGAAUGUGUAACUCAAGCAUACCUGACUACGAUCGCCGUCAUAUCUUAGUGGUAUUUCAUUUCAUCUUCUUAUAUCUUGGUGUGUUGGGAAACAUUGCAGUUAUUAUUUACAACAUUUUUCUGAAUCGUGACAAGACUCCGAGGUUGAUUAACUUGACUACACAUCUUGCCUUGGCUGACCUUCUCGUCUGUUUAGCAUUUUAUCCAACAAAGAUUGUUUUGUUUUUUCAUUCAGAAGUGAAAGUUGAUCUACUGUUUUGCAAGAUAAAGCGUACCACAAUUUUUGUUUCUUUAUUCCUUUCCAUAAUGAUGCUACUAUCCAUCACAAUCGACAAAUAUCUGUAUAUAACGAAGCCACUGAAAUAUCCACUGAUCGUGACAACACGGAGAACUAGGAUACUUCUCAGAUGUAUCUGGUUAGCUGCAUUGGUUCAGAUUCCACCCAUAUUUAUUUAUAUGGAAUCCAAGAAAACAAGCAAGCCAGGUAAAUGUCAUUAUCCACUACCUGUCGUAUGGUUAAUAAUCAUCCUGCAGUUAGUUCUCAUUUGUGUCAUAGCAAUCCUGAAUUACAAAAUAUUCAAGAUUGUCAAAGAGCAAAGACAAAGGAUGGCAUCAAACAUCGUGUUACAGCGUCAACUAGUACAGUCUGAACAAGUACAGUGCGAGCAACAACAGUCUAAACAAAUACAGUCUGAACAAAUACAGUCUGAACAAGUACAGUCUGAACAAAUACAGUGUCAGUGCGAGCAAGAACAGUCUGAUCAAGUACAGUCUGAUCAAGUACAGAGUCAGUGCGAGAAACAACAGUCUGAACAAGGACAGUCUGAACAAGUACAGUCGGAACAAGUACAGAGUCAGUGCGAGCAACAACAGUCUGAACAAGGACAGUCUGAACAAGUACAGUCGGAACAAGUACAGAGUCAGUGCGAGCAACAACAGUCUGAACAAGGACAGUCUGAACAAGUACAGUCGGAACAAGUACAGAGUCAGUGCGAGCAACAACAGUCGGAGCAACUACAGUCGGAACAAGUACAGUGUCAGUUCGAGCAACAAAAGUCUGAACAACCACAGUCUGAACAAGUACAGUCUGAACAAGUACAGUGCGAACAAGCAGUACAGUCAGAACAAGUAAAGUCAGAACAAGUAAAGUCGGAACAACAAAAGUCAGAACAACAACAGUCUGAGCAAAACAUAACUUGGUUACGUCAUCUUGCAAAGGAAUUGAAAGUUAUAAAGACAUUUGCCAUUAUCGUUGGAGUUUUGACAUGUUGUUUUGUGCCAUAUAUUGUCAUGAAUAUGCUUCGUAUUUCACGCUAUGAUCCAUGUUUGACACACAUUGCACGUCUGAUCGCUAAUGAGUUGGUUGGUAUAAAUUCCAUUGCUAAUGCCUUCAUCUAUGCAUUGAGGCAUAAAAAAUACACACAGGCUUAUAGGAAACUCUUUUCUUCUACCUGGGCCCGGCUUUGCCAUGCAACUGAAUAACUGGU